AUUUUUCUUAAUGCAUAUAUGUAUGGCUAUAACCGCCUUGAAAAUGGAUGUAGAAAAUAGUGUUUUGCGGCAUCUGCUACUGACGUCUUCUUGAUCCUGCUGUCGCGAGUCAGAUCUGAAAGACAAUGACGACGAUGUCUCUGUUGCUGCUGCUGGUGACCACCUCGGCAGCUACAUCUUCAUUGGAGAGGGCGAAGAAGACCAGUGACCCCAACCAGUGGAAUUAUGACAUGCCUGGAUCUGGAUGUUCGUACCGUGGCCGCACAUACAACAAAGGCGCCGUCAUCCUGGGCGCAAACCGCUGUUCAAAGAUGAAGUGCAAUAACGGAAUCCUAAAUUACAUUGAGAUAAAAUGCUUGUACAACAACAUGUGCUAUGGUGUGGGCGACAGCGUCAGAGGAGGGAGAAAUGGCUGCCACCUGUUCAAGUGUCAGGCGAACGAGCAGUUCAUGGCAGUGACCAGUGAUCCUUACAAAUGCAGAGACGCUUUCAACAGGUGCAGAAUAUGCCAGGGAUAGGUGAACUGAGAUAUGUCAGUGACCGUGAACGGUUUCGUAAUAAAUGUUCUCCCCUCAAUGUC